AUGCAGGAAAUGGGAGUCCAACAGGCGACCUCUGCAAUGACUGUAGCCUCUGAUGACAACUCCAUGUUCUUUCAGUUCGGCCCCUCCAUCGAGCAGCAGGCGUCCGUCAUGCUGAACAUCAUGGAGGAGUACGACUGGUACAUCUUCUCCAUUGUCACCACGUACUACCCCGGCUACCAGGACUUUGUCACCAAGAUCCGUAGCACCAUCGAGAACAGCUUCGUGGGCUGGGAGCUGGAGGAGGUUCUGCUGCUCGACAUGUCCGUGGACGACGGAGAUUCCAAAAUUCAAAACCAGCUGAAGAAGCUCCAGAGCCCCGUCAUCCUCCUCUACUGCACAAAAGAAGAGGCCAACACCAUCUUCGAGGUCUCUCACUCCGUCGGCAUCACCGGCUACGGCUACACCUGGAUCGCGCCCUCGCUGGUGGCCGGAGACACUAUAGUAGUGCCUGCAGAGUUCCCCACAGGUAGGGAGCUGUGCUGCGACUGAAAGGGUACUUAAAGACGGGUCCCAGAGGCCCACUUGUAAGAUUUCCACUGUGUCACGGGUCCAGGCAGGUUGGAUUAAGCCAGUCAUAAUUGAAGUGUAGAAACUCCAGAACUGCAUACACUAAACUACUUUAAAAGGAUUAAUUUAAUCCGUUAAAAUCUGCUGCUAGCUUGAUGUGACGUUUUCAGAUGGUUCAGUUUUGUGGUUCGUACCUCUCUUUGACCUUCUGUUCACGACGGCCAGCCGCUUCUCUCAGCUUUAAAGACACAUUUAAAUAUUAUUCUCAGUCCAUUCAUCCUUUAGAGCAGGGCUUCCCAAGCUUUUCAGCCCCCAAAAUAUA